GUUCUCUUACAAACUGAUUUCACUGUUUCAGUGUUGUAUCAUCUUGUGUUGAGUAACAGAAGUUCUGCUGUUCACUGAUCAAUGUGACAGUCUUUAGUAGUUUACGAGAUGAGCCAAACUCGUGGGAGAUAUGACUUCUGUAUUGGUCUGGUGUUGGCUAUGAGUUCCAGCAUUUUCAUCGGAGGAAGUUUCAUCCUGAAAAAGAAAGGCCUACUCCGGUUAGCUAGGAAAGGCUCCAUGAGAGCAGGUCAGGGUGGUCAUGCAUACCUUAAAGAGUGGCUGUGGUGGGCUGGACUUCUUUCAAUGGGAGCUGGCGAAGUAGCAAACUUUGCUGCCUAUGCUUUUGCACCAGCUACAUUAGUGACUCCUUUAGGAGCCCUCAGUGUUCUUGUAAGUGCCAUUCUGUCAUCCUUCUUUUUAAAUGAAAAACUUAAUCUACAUGGAAAAAUAGGGUGUCUGCUAAGUAUACUGGGAUCAACUGUGAUGGUUAUUCACGCUCCACAAGAGGAGGAGGUAGAAACUUUGAAUGAAAUGUCCCACAAACUAGGAGAUCCAGGUUUUGUGGUCUUCGCAACUCUUGUUGUCAUUGUGUCUUUAAUUCUAAUAUUCGUGGUGGGACCUCGCCAUGGGCAGACCAACAUUCUUGUGUACAUAACUAUUUGCUCUGUAAUUGGAGCAUUAUCAGUCUCCUGUGUAAAGGGUUUGGGCAUCGCUAUAAAGGAACUUUUUGCAGGAAAACCAGUGUUGAAACAUCCCUUGUCUUGGAUUCUGCUGCUAAGCCUUAUUGUCUGUGUGAGCACGCAGAUCAACUAUUUAAACAGGGCUCUGGAUAUAUUCAACACAUCCAUAGUGACUCCAAUAUACUACGUAAUCUUUACAACAUCUGUUUUAACUUGUUCUGCCAUCCUUUUCAAGGAAUGGCAACAUAUGGGGGCUGAUGACAUUAUUGGCACCUUCAGUGGCUUCCUGACUAUUAUUGUGGGGAUCUUUCUCUUGCAUGCCUUCAAAGAUGUUAACUUCACCCUAGCAAAUCUGCCCCUCUCCUUGCGGAAAGAUGACAGAGCAGCCAACGGUACUUUGACCACCUAUGACUGCUAUAAUCAUGAUGAAGAAAGUUCUCCCUGUCUAGGUGAAAUGCAAUCCAGUGAGAGUGGCUCAGGCAGGAGAAAUGGAAGUCUGUCAGCCUUCUGAAAAUAUUUACCUGUUGGGUAAUAGAAGAACAAUUCCAUAACUCUGGGGGUUUUUUUGGCUUUUUUUUCCCUGCUGUCAAAUGUCUGAGCUCGUCUGGAAAAAUCAUGUCCUCUUUAACAGUACAUGUAGACAAUCGUUAAUUUUUAAGUUUGAUUAUUUUGGAUAAAGAACACUGAAGGGGGGGUUUAUUUGCCUUAUUUUUACUUUAGAAAAAAACCAAACUAAAAUGACCUCAGACCACAGUUGGUUCUGUUGCUUAA